UGGAGAGAGUUAAUGAAAUGAAUGGUAUGUGACACAAAUCUCUUUGUCUGCCGUUUUCACUUGUGACACAAUCGUGAUUCCAGCACUCUUCAUUGACAGCGCAUUUGUUGCACCCCUCAGCCUGGCAGCUGAACCGCUCAACGAUGCUCGGGGGGAGGCGCCUCUCUCCUCUCUGUAUCUCAGCUUCUGUUUCAGCACAGAAUAAUUCUUGCUUUCACGCACGCUCACGCGGAGUCCUCACGAAGGUUUGCUCCGACCAAAGAACCCACAGGUCACGGAGUUUUCUUUCUCUGACGAUUUGCAGAAGUAUGACAUAUAUUUGGGCAGGGUCUACUUUACACAAAUUACAUUUGUGAUUGAUCAUUGAGCCCAAUUGCUGUCUGUGGCGAACGACGAGGAGUUGAGAGUCAGCUAUCGUGUUUAGGAAGCGGUGCUCUGGCAACGCCACUUGGCACAUCAACGCAUCGCUCUGAGUGCUGUGGGCAGUCUUACAAUCGCAGUUCUUCAAGGCGCACAAGGUUCCGCAGUAUCGCCAUGGCAAUGCAUCACUGAAAGAAGACCUGUGGCACAUCCAGAUUCCUUUUGUUCAUCUCUCGACUUCCCUGACUAGUUUUUAUUGUGUUUUUCCACCAUGGGCUCCCGUAGUCAGGGAUUCCUCCACCAUCACCACCAGCAUCACCGGACCUCCAUGGUACCGGCCACCAUCCCCCGCCUCGUGCCCGAGUCCGGCAGCCUCCUUGGGGGCAUCGCUCAGAUAACGCCCUCCCUGUUCCUCAGCCGGGGCAACGUGGCGUCCAACCGCAGCCUGCUGCUCUCCAAAGGCAUCACAUGCGUGGUGAACGCCACCAUCGAGCUGCCCAAUUUCAACUGGCCGCACGUCGAGUACGUGAAAGUGCCCCUGGCCGAUGCACCGCACUCGCCCAUCGCGCUCUACUUCGACAGCAUCGCAGACAAGAUCCACAGCGUGGGCCGUAAGCGGGGCGCCGUGCUGGUGCAUUGCGCCGCCGGCGUCAGCCGCUCGGCCUCGCUCUGCCUGGCCUACCUCAUGAAGUACCACCGCGUGUCGCUGGCCGAGGCGCACGCCUGGGUCAAGGCCCGCCGGCCCGUCAUCCGGCCCAACGGCGGCUUCUGGCGCCAGCUCAUCGAGUACGAGCGCAAGCUCUUCGGACGCAGCUCCGUCAAGAUGGUGCAGACGCCCUACGGCGUGGUGCCUGACGUCUAUGAGAGGGACCGCAGGAACCUGGUGCCCUACUGGAGCAUGUAGGGGGGGGGGGGAGCAGGAGGCAGGGGGGCAGAAGGAGAAGAGGAGGACGGCUCCCAUGCUGAGAUGGAGAGAAAGAGAGUGAAAUGAGAGAGGAUGGAUGGAUGGCUGGAUGGGCUGAUGGAGGAUUAUAUGGCAGAUGGCUGUUCUUUGAGUUCACCGUCUUCCUGGAGAGGAAACCCUUUCUCCCGCUAGACUCAAGAACUUCUGGCGUUCUUCCCAGGCCCCAACCCCCUAGAGAAGUGUAAGUGGCGUGUGGUGCGGGAGGUUUUUGAAGGAGCAGAAAGUGCCACCGUCAUUCUACUAGCUGUCUGCUGCCUCUGUGCUGCUAUGCUAACCAACGGUCCAACCCAGACAGUUAGAGUGAGGGAAAGAGGGAG